AUGUCAGCCGGACGUUCGAGUACAAAUAUUCGAGCAUCAUCAAUGACACGUCCAAUGCCACAACUUAACAACACUUCGAAUGUUUCAUCGGUAACAAGAUCAAUUCAAACCGGUAGCAUGAACGUAACACCCAGUAGCGUUCGUUCACGACCAUUAACUGUAGUUAGACAAGGCUCAACAGAAAGAGCAAAUAUUUCAACACAAAACAUUCCAUCAACAGUAUCUAUAAGUCAACGAAGAAUAUCUAACGAUACGACAAGACUUACAAUAACUAGUCAAGAUCGCUCUACUCUUACCAUAAAUCAACAGUAUGCGAAUGGAGCAGUUAAUGAAUCAUCAAAUGAUGAUCCAGAGCAAUGUGAACCAAACGGCUAUAAUUUGGCAGCAACUAUGAAAACAAAUGAAGACUCAACGAGUGCAAAAGCUUCUUCCAUCGAUCGACAAAAUACUCAAUCAUAUUUGCUACUUGAAUCACAAUUAAAAUCCGGUGGUUUAACUGGCUUACAUAAUCUUGGCAAUACUUGUUUUAUGAAUUCAGUACUUCAGUGUUUAUCGAAUACAAAACCACUUUUAUUAUUUUGUUACAAAGAAGAUCUUGAUACACAUUUUAAUAGAUCAUCAACAAGUGUCAUGAAAGGUUCUUUAAUGAAAGAAUAUGGAAAUUUAAUACGGACAAUGUGGUCUUCAUCCAGUAGUCAUUCUGUCGUAAGUCCAUCAGCAUUCAAAAGUAUAGUAGGACGAUUUGCAUCACGUUUUGUUGGCUACGCACAACAAGAUUCUCAAGAAUUUUUGAGAUAUCUUCUCCAAGGCCUUCAUGAAGAUGUUAAUCGUGUACAACAAAAACCAUCACCAAGUAAAAUUGAUGAGAAAGCAGAAGAAAAAAAGAAAGAAACAGAACGUGCAAGAACAAGUUGGGAACGUUGUUUACUCUAUGAUAAUAGUGCGAUUGCUGAUAUAUUUGCUGGACAAUUGAAAAGUACUCUUGAAUGUACUCAUUGUCAAUAUCAAUCCACAACAUUUGAUAUGUUUUGGGAUUUAUCAAUUCCACUACCAAGAAAUAAAUCAUCGAGCAGUGUACAAGAAUGUAUUCAAUUAUUUAUGAGUAAAGAAGAAUUAGAUGGAAAUGAAAAGCCAAUGUGUGCCAAAUGUAAACAAAAACGACGAUGUACAAAAAAAUUUUCCAUACAAAAAUGUCCCGAUAUUCUUGUACUUCAUUUAAAACGUUUCUCACAGGCUCGUGGUCGAACAAAGCUAAAUACUCAUGUAGAUUUUCCUAUAAUUAAUCUUAAACUUGACGAUCUAGCCGAUGUUAUGUCUACAAGCUAUGAAGGACCAGUACCAACUUAUAAUUUAUUUGGUAUAUCAAAUCAUAGUGGUACAGCAUAUUCUGGUCAUUAUACUGCACAAUGUAAACAUCCAUUUACUAAUCAGUGGCAUGAAUUUAACGAUUCAUCUGUUUAUUCAUUGAGUGAGAAAUCUCGAUUUAUAUCAUCAAAUGCUUAUGUGCUAUUCUAUGAACGAAACAAAUGA